AUGAACUUCAGAUUGGGCGACAAGAACUUGGAGACCGCACCUGAAGGCUCACCCGUACCCACUCGAUGGCUUCGGGCGAUGCCACACGCCGCGGCGCGGCGCCGGCGCGUGGCGGCGCUGCGCUCGCGGAAGGCAGCCGCGCAGAGCAACGAGGACGAGGAGGAGCCGGUCCACGUCCUGGUGGUCUUUCACGGCGGACUGAUUGGGACGCCGAUGACGGCGCUGCUCGGGAGCCGGCGGAAGGACCGCGCGGGCAGGGGUGUGCUCGUUGGCCGGUGCUUCAACGCAUCAAUUCUGGGUUUCGAGCUGAACGAGCAGGGGAAGGGCGUGUUGGUGGAUUCUGGGUCAGCACCCAUGACGUCGUCGUGUGCCUCCACAAUGGACGAGAAAAUAUUUCUGUCGUCGUUCGUCAGCUCACAGGCGGACAGAUCGCAUGAGCAAACCAGCACAUACUGGGGAGAAAUCGCAGUGCUGGACCAUGAUGUUGCCUUGCAUGGCGGUGACGGCGACGCUGAAUGA